CGUCGAUUUUCUGUAGAGUUUAUCCGUGGCCUUAAGUUGCAAGAUGAUGGAUCGCUGGUUUUAGAUAUAACUCCGUUGUGCAGAUUAUUCGGAUAGCCUGUUAAGAAUUGUAGCGGCGUCGCCGUAGAAAGGUGCCAAACCGAAAAUGUCCAACUUUGACGAGAAUCCAUUUGGCGAGCCAGGCCUGAACGAUCCUUUCUCGGAUCCUGCUAUAAAACGGGCUGUUAGGUCAAAUCUUACUAACAGGGGCAUCGAAGAUUACAACCCCUUUGCAGAACAAAAUCCGCAACAAGGGACCACGCAAGUUCGAGGUGCUUCAAACCCUCCUAUUUAUAGUUCAGUGUCCGCUGCACAGCAACCCGCUACCCUCCAACCUAGCAGUCAGGAACCACCACCGCCGUACAGUCGCAGUGCUCAGCAGUCGGUUCCAGAGACGUUCAGCCCAACAGACAAUUCCAGAGAUACUCGUGCUGGAAAUUCAGAACAGAGGCCACCGAAUGAAGAAUGGAGAGCAAGGAGAGAAGAACCUUCCAGGAGUUCAUCCUAUAUACCAAGUAGGAACAACUGGCCGCCGCUACCUGAGAAGUGCUGCUUUCAACCUUGCUUUCAACAGGACAUUGAUAUCGAGAUUCCUCCGGACUUUCAGAAAAUCGUCCGACAGCUCUAUUAUCUAUGGAUGUUCCAUGGCUGUGUGCUCGUCUUGAACAUUGUUGGUGGAUUUGCCCUGAUACUCACUGGGGAGAAUUACUCAACAUUCGGAUUAGGUAUUCUCUACCUCCUUCUUUUCACCCCUUUCUCGUUCCUCUGCUGGUUCAGACCUGCAUAUAAGGCUUUCAGAAGCGACAGUUCGUUCAACUUCAUGGUCUUUUUCUUUGUCUUCUUCUUUCAACUCAUCGUGACAAUCAUCCAAGCUAUUGGCAUUCCUGGUUCUGGAACUUGCGGAAUCAUAACAGCUAUUGGAGCAUUCGGUCAUACUCCGGGAAGCAUAAUUGUUGGCACUCUUGUACUCUUGAUUGCUCUCUGCUUCGGCAUCGCAGCAGGUGGGGACCUUCUCCUACUGACUAAGAUUCACCGUAUUUAUCGCAGCUCAGACGCCAGCGUUUCCAAAGCCCAGCAAGAGUUUGCCUCAACAUUCUUACGAAACGAGUAUGUACAGAAUGCAGCGAGCAAUGUUGCAGCCACUGCUGUUCGCAAUCAAAUGGCUAAUGCUGCAAACCAACCGCGCUACUAAAAGACAUUUCCGGUCAGUCCACAGAAUGUGUAAAUCGCAACAAUUCGCCUUUACAUUAUCAAUGAGACCGGUAUAGAUCUCUCCAAUGAAUAAAACGCGCAUUACGGCGUCUGCAAAAGUUAAUAAAAUCUAGGCUUAACGAGUUAUCUUGACACAGAAAAUUGGUUUUCUGCAUGACGAGACAUCUUGGUACAGGGAAUUGGUUUUCUGCAUGACAAGACAUUUUGGUAUAGUUUCAAUAUAGUUGGUCUCGCACAUUCAUUCCGGUUGACUCCAAAGUCCAAUACUAUAGAUUCCAACAAUCUUAACGAGAGUUAUGAAGGGUAUUUUGAAAUAGUAGGGAAGUACCUACUUGUACAAGUGUUGUCGAUGCAUGAUUUCUUGAGCUCGGAAAAAGUUUAAGCGAGUUCGGGACGCACAUUUACGUCCAGAGAUGUAUAAUUAUUGCAAAAAGAGCUCUAACAUUAGAUAAACUUAUAAACGAGGAACAUUCUGAUAACGAGAUAUGGACAAUGUCUUUAUCGACAAGGCAUUUUCCUUCGCACUUAGCCAUAUCGUUUACGUCCGUUCAUUGUGUCCUGUAGCAUUUAAUUAUCAAGCCCACUUAAUGACACUUUUCGUGCGCUUAAACAAUUUAUUAUACUUUGAAGUAACUAAUUGCUAAAAAAAAAAAGAACAGAUCCUUGUUCCCUUUCAAGUAUUAUACUGCUUCGAAAAAUAUCAUUUACAUGAAAUAAUUUUCCACCACUUAUUUUUAAAGCAGCACAGAAUUAAUUACAAGUUCACGGUAAUUUAUAAUCGGAGUGUGUCUUCGAAUGGACGUGGGACGGACGUGCAUGAUUUAGAAACAUUUAAGAAAUCAAAAUGCGAUGGUUGAACAUUUUCUUAAGCGUCGCUCUAAUGUCAACGUAUUUGUUCCUUAAUAUUAUUGUCCGUUUUCCACCCGUAAUUGUGCUCUGACAAGUUUUUAAAUUUUAAUUAACGAGAUAGCGCACCGUCUUGCUUAGGCAGGUUAUAGUAUUCUAUUUGAGAAUUAAUAAAGGACGGCGUAUUUUUAAAAUACAUAAUUUUUCACUGUAUAUAACUAUGUGCGAGAGUGCAGUGAAAGAAUGACGAAUCGCUUCGGAUAUCUUUCACCCAAAGAGGAAGAUCUUAGGGAAUAAAUGUGUUUAAAGUUGA